AUGCAAGACAGCCCUGAAACGGAUGACUCUGAUGAUGACUAUUUUUACUCCAUACAUCAUGCUGUCAACAACGUCAAAACAGCCCUACCUGAGAUAAAUCUUAAACUCGACAAUGUCAACACGACUCUGUUAGUCGAUACUGGCUCUACAGUUAAUAUUAUUGAUGAAAAAACACACAAGCAACUAGGACAACCGCAGUUAAAGAAAGGCUCAGCACCCAAUUUAUAUCCUUACGGAAACACCACACCACUACAUGUCCUCGGACAGUGUGAAAUCUUACUGGAAACAAAAUCACAACUUCAGUGUCACAGAUUCUACGUCAUUAAAGGAAACCGUGGUUCACUGAUUGGAUACCCUACUGCAAAAGCACUAAAUUUAAUCAAGAUUGUUCAUAAUGUCAACGAUCCUACCACGACGUACCCACAUCUUUUUGAAGGCAUCGACAAACUUAAAGAUUACAAAGUAAAAAUACACAUUGAUGAAUCCAUACCACCUGUUGCACAGAAACACAGACGAGUACAAUUUAACAAAAGAAACCAAGUCGAAGAAGAAAUACAGAAACUUUUWGAUCAAGAUAUUAUUGAAAAGAUAAAUGGAGAAUCAACACCAUGGRUUUCUCCAAUCGUUGUCGUACCCAAGAAAGAAACAGAUGCAGUGCGAAUCUGCGUAGACAUGAGAGAAGCAAGUAAAGCCAUAUUGCGUGAAAGACACCAAAUGGCAACUGUUGAAGAACUAAAAACCUAUCUUAUCAAUGGAGCUAAAGUAUUCAGUAAAAUAGAUCUUUCCUCAGGAUACCACCAAUUGGAACUACAAGAAUCAUCAAGACCUAUCACAACAUUCRGUACCCAUAUUGGCCUUUUCAGAUAUAAACGCUUGAACUUUGGGAUAUCCUCAGCCCCUGAGAUAUUCCAAGAAACGAUACGUAAUGUUUUACAUGAUAUACCAAAUGCCAGAAAUAUAAGUGAUGACAUUAUUGUCUUUGGAACAACUCAAGAAGAGCACGCCAAAGCAUUAGAUGAAGUUUUUACAAGGCUUCAUGACAAAGGACUGACCKUCAAUAAAUAG